AUGAAACGACGCAGCCGGCCGACGACGCUGCCUGGGGACUCGCCACCACGAGCCACCCCAAACAAACGGGCGAGAGCUAACCCGCCCCGCAAGCUGCUGAGAACGAAGACGCCCCAAAACUAUCGCCCGGAGCACUCGCUGUCUGAUGAAGACUCCGAUUCUGACCCCGCCACCCCACCUAGGGGAGUGAGAGUCAAAAAGGGCACGCCGCUGUUUGUUGAGCCCGAGUUGGCGAAGCCGGAGCCGUCCUACACCGGUUUGCCGUUAGAAGACCCCCCUCCGGCAAAAAUCAAGCGCGAGCUGUUGUGGCGUAAAAAGAAGCAGGACGCCACCGACGACGCCGACGAGACCGCCCGCGACAAAGCCAAGCACAAGUACGACGCCCAGUUGGAGGUGCUGCCGCCGCCCGCCGCCUCCCACACCCGCAAGCCGUUGGCGGUGCCCGCGGUCGCCACCGCCANGGUGCCCGCGGUCGCCACCGCCACCCCCCUGAAACGCCGCGGAGCGCGAGCACCAGCAACGCCCAAGAAACCCCGGCAGACUACGAAGCGAAUAAAGGUGCUGAGCCCGAAAAAACAACACAUAUCCAAUUUGGCCGGCGUCGCCCACGGGGUCAAGAUCAAGCAGGACAACGACCUGAUCAAGGAUAAUGACGACUUCUGCUCCACCUGUGGCCUUCCCGGUAUAUUCAUUUGUUGUGAGCUGUGUCCCAAGUCAUUUCACUUCACUUGCGCGGAUCCUCCCUUAGCUGAUGUCCCUGAUGAUGAUUGGCACUGCCGCGAGUGUACCGCCCGCGCCUUCCCCGAUGAGCUUACCAACUACGAACACGUCGGGUUAUUUGGCCCUCUUUUAUCGACCUUAGAAGCGCGUAACCCGGUGGUGUUUGCGUUACCCCGCGCGAUUCGCGACGAUACGUUUAUUGGUGUGCAAACGGGGGACUUUGGCGACUACAGCGACGACAGCAUCAAGCCCGAACUCACACUGGCUGCACUUAAUGGUGCCCAGAUUAGAGGGUGCAAUCGUGACGAGCUGUUGGAAGUAGACAAGCUUUACGACAUCAAGGGCAACCCUUACUUGUGCCAUAAGUGCGGCGAGCUGGGGCUCCACAACCGCAUUCUCGCUCACUGCGACUACUGUCCUUUAGUGUGGCAUCUCGACUGCCUUGAGUACCCUAUGUGCAGCCCGAAAACCAUGGGGUCGAAAUGGCGGUGUCCUGCCCAUCUUGAGGAGAUGUUGCCGCGCAACUUUGCCAACGCACGCAUGCUUCGCCUGGCUAAAGUCACCGAUGUGGCAUUAUACAACCACUUUGUUCGCAUGGCCAACACGCUGAGCUCAAUGUUGUUCCAAUAUGGCGACGCUCCUUUUAUUAAACAGGGCUUCUUGCCCACUCUAGAUGACUAUAUCACUGCGGAAAAUGACCAGCGCCAGGCCGAGGAGGAGGCGUCUAAAGUUGAAGCCAAUUUGCCCAACGGCGCUGCUCGCCCUGCACCUGAAUUCAAGCGUCCCGAGUGGCUUUCCAACACUUUUUCCCAGCGUAAUAUGUUGUUGGCGCCGGUAUCUAAGCGAUCCACCAUUGGUAAGCAAAUCCUGGAUAAAGGCGGCAUGAUAUACCGCGUACCGGAGCUGCUGGUAUUGCUUGAUUUCAUCACCAAGGUCAAAACCGAGAGAGUGGAGCAUCCGAUGCGCCAUGGUGUCCGCGUCGAAGAACGGGUGAUUGAAAAUGUAAAGGACCAAGUGAUCGAUACUCUCGACGAGUACGUUGAAGCUCUGGCUAAAGAGCACCGCAUAGAAGAACUAGCUGAAGACGCCGAUGCCAACAAGGCGAUGGAGGCGCUUGAAGAGUUCCAAAACCGCUCGUGGUCCAAGCACGCGUUGGACGAACUCGUGGCGGUAGCCGAGCGCCAAGCGGAGGCCGAGGUGACGGCGCCGGUGGUUGCUACCGACGAAGUGGCUGAACUUUUGAAGAUCAAAAAGCUUCUUCUACUCAAGGGGAAGGACAAGGUGUUGCAGUUUUUGGAACUGGCCUAA